CCUAAAUAACCAGCCCAUUGGCGAUCCGAGUGUAAAAAACCUCAAAUGUUACACUUUUUGAGGCCAUGUGGGGCCGAGUCAGCGGCCUGACAUUCCAUGCAUGGAUGCCGCCAGCCAUUUAUUAAGGCUGGCUGACCAUCUCCAGCGCCCUUCAACUUGACAACUUCCCGUCCUUCCCCUUUGAGCCGACAUCUCACAACUAUCUGAUCAGGGCACCGUCAUUCCCGCGCGAAUAUUUAAAAUACGCUCUCCUCCCGUGACUCUGUCGCGGUUGAGGCCUAUUUUACCGCCAGCGCAGAUUCGCAUGAUCGCAUCACAAUGGCCGCUACGUUUAUUCCUGCUCCUUACCGAGAAGGGGAGGUCCUAGACCUCCGAGUGUGCGAAAGCUACUCCCGCGACCUACCGUCUCGGGUUACCGCCACUAUCACCAAGGUGCUCUCGAUGACCAUGUCCGUGGUGCUGGAUGUCAGCAUCCAAUUCCAGACCCGGCAUGGCCCGCCUAUCCACUGUGUGCUCAAACUCUACGACCGUCGAUUUGGCUCAUCCCUGCGUGAUGUUCUCGGGAACGAGCCCGCGCCAUAUACACAGGAAAAUGAGGCCGCAUUUCAGACCUUUGUUGCGCGGGGAAUGAUGCCCGGGUUCCUCCGCCACCUGGACGAAAGAAACGAGACCGCGCAAUUCGCCGUCGCAGCUUGGAAAUUCCUUGAAGAGCCCGAUCGCACCGAACGCCUUGCCAAGUACGAAGCGGCGCUGUGGUAUGACUGUAUCGAGCACUUUGAAUGCGAGACCCAGGCCUAUCGCCGACUCGCCGAUCUCCAGGGCAAGUUGGUUCCGCGCAUGCUUGCCCACGUAAGCCUAUCGCCUACCAAGCUCGCGACUACUAUACCACAGGAGGCAGCGUCCUACUUUAAUAUUGAGGGUAUUCUUCUAGAACGUAUCGACGGAUAUUGUUUAAGCGACCUAACGGGAUUUCCGCCACCAAGUAACCUAAAGGAAUGGCAACAGAUCAUCCAGUCGGCCGCUGAUGCAGCGCACGAGAUUAACAAGUACGGCAUUAUUAUGAAGGAUUGCGCACCGCGCAAUGUGGUCGUGGACCGGCGGUCGAACACACCGCGUAUCGUCGACCUGGCACAGUGCCGCUUCCAGGACGAGCUGGAGAAACGAUGGAACAAACAGGGGUGGCACGAGGACGAGGGUUGGGAUCCGGAUGUCGAGUAUUGGGAGCAAGUGGGUGCCGCAUGUAACCCAGCGGCGAUUGGGGCGGUGAUGGUGAUGCGUAUACAAAAGAAGACGGGUGUGAAGCUGGACAUCAAGUAUCCCGACUAUGAGUCCAUCAUUGCCGGGACAAGGCGGAGAAAAGCGGAGGCAGCUGCAUCAGGAACGAAAAGUCCGAGGUGAAGUGUAAAAAUGACUGCGGAGUGGUGUCUAUCUGUCUCUGGCCUGCUCGGCCGCGGAGUCGAGGAGCUGCUGGUCAGUGUACAGCGACAAGGCAUCAUGCGGAGCUUUGUUGAUAGUGCAGAUGUGCCAGCAGACGGCAAGCCGGGGACACCGUCGGCAGAAUAAUAAGUUGACCGUUGUGGUGCACGACCUUCAAGGCAAAACCAUCUUCCCGGGCUUCGUCGACGGGCACAUGCAC